AUGGCCGUGCCCUACGGCCUCAGCACGACAUUCUAUAUUUCUCUCUCCAACGGCCAAUCCGUUACCAUCAUAUGGGGCUGGGUGCUGCUCUCGCUGCUCUCGACCGCCAUCGCCGCCUCGCUCGCUGAGAUCUGCUCGGUGUACCCGACGGCCGGCGGCGUCUACUACUGGGCAGCGCUGCUGUCAACCCCCCGCUGGGCCCCGAUGGCGAGCUGGAUCACGGGCUGGCUGACCCUCGUGGGCAACUGGACCGUCACGCUCUCCAUCAACUUUGGCGGCGCGCAGCUGAUCCUCAGCGCCAUCUCGCUGUGGAACGAGGACUUUGUCGCCAACGAGUGGCAGACCAUCCUCAUGUUCUGGGCCGUCAUGCUCGUCUGCUACCUCAUCAACAUCUUUGGCGCCAAGCACCUCGACCUCAUCAACACUGUCUGCAUCUACUGGACUGCCGCCUCCAUCAUCGUCAUCAUGAUCGUCCUGCUCGUCAUGUCGCCGAGCAAGCGUACCGGCGAGUUCGUCUUCGCCCACUACGACGCCUCCGCCUCCGGGUGGCCUGCAGGCUGGUCCUUCUUUGUCGGCCUGCUGCAGCCCGCCUACGUGCUUACGGGCUAUGGCAUGGUCGCGGCCAUGUGCGAGGAAGUCCAGGCGCCCGAGCGCGAGGUGCCCAAGGCCAUCGUCUUGUCUGUCGUGGCCGCCGGCCUUACGGGCUUGGUAUACCUGAUCCCGAUCCUCUUCGUGCUCCCCGAAGUGCAGACGCUGCUCGAGGUCGCCAACGGGCAGCCGGUCGGGUUGAUCUUCAAGACCGCAACCGGCAGCGCCGGGGGCGGGUUCGGCCUGCUGUUCCUCAUCCUCGGCAUAUGGCUGUUCGCCGGCGUGGGCGCCCUCACGGCGUCGAGCCGCUGCACGUACGCGUUCGCGCGCGACGGCGCGAUCCCCGGCUCCGGCCUCUGGAGCAAGGUCGACAAGCGGCUCGACAUCCCGCUGCUCGCCCUCUCGCUGUCGGCCGUCGUCGACUGCCUGCUGGGCCUCAUCUACUUCGGCUCGUCGGCGGCCUUCGGCAGCUUCACGGGCGUCGCCACCAUCUGCCUCUCGACGUCGUACGGGCUGCCCAUCCUCGUCUCCGUCGUCCGCGGCCGCCGGCAGCUCGAGCACGCGUCCUACUCGCUUGGCCGUUUCGGUUUCGUCAUCAACGUCACGACGCUGCUCUGGAUCCUCCUCGCCGUCUUCCUGUUCUGCAUGCCGACCAACCUCACCGGCCUCGACGCCUCCACCAUGAACUACGCCAGCGUCGUGUUCGCCGGCUUUGCGACCAUCAGUGUCGUCUGGUAUUUCGCCUGGGGCCGUAAACAUUUCUCCGGCCCCCCUAUCUUGAAGACGGCCAUGGCGGAGAACGGUGUAGGGGUCGUAAGGGGGCAGCCGCUCGACGAGGAGGCGCACGCGAAGGAGGUGAGCACAAAAGGGGCCGAUUUCAAAGAUGCAUAG